CGCCCAGCUCCCCGGCCUUCGGUCCCGCUGCGCCGCUCUGCUGACCGUCGCCCGCCGUCGCCAAAAUGUCUGCAAGUGUACCUGCAGGUUCAAGUGCUGCCUCUGGCAGCAACCGAAGACUUCAACAGACACAAAAUCAAGUAGAUGAGGUGGUGGACAUCAUGAGAGUCAAUGUGGACAAGGUGUUGGAAAGAGAUCAGAAGCUCUCGGAGUUAGACGAUCGUGCAGACGCACUGCAGGCAGGAGCGUCCCAGUUUGAAACAAGUGCUGCCAAGUUGAAGAGAAAAUACUGGUGGAAGAAUUGCAAGAUGUGGGCGAUAGGGAUUGUCGUUGUGGUCAUCAUCAUCAUCAUCAUCAUCGUGUGGAAUGUUUCCCCGUGAAGAACCAGUGCAGCCCCAGCCUGCCGUUCAAGAAAGCUCUUCAAGACAUUUGACUUAGAACCUGCUAUAUUCUCGAGCUCGCCUACUGUUCUGUCUAAACUGAUUAUUUUCUGUUUGUUACCGUAAAGUUUAAUUUCUAGGCAACGUGCCUUUGUAUUGUCAUAAGCACUCCAAACUUGAAGUGCAGCCGCCCGGCCCACACCUGGCCCGGCGCCUUCACAGAUUGCCAUGCGGCUGACGAAGAGGAUCUCUUAACUUCCCGAGUGUUAUCACCUCGAAGUCAUGUUGUCUUGAUGCAUUGGUGUUAAUUCCAGUUAAGGGAAUUUGUUCCAAGUUAGCUAUCCUUGCCGUCUGACAUCUUCAGAACCACAUUCUAAACUUUUAGGUAAUCAGAUUUCCAGUUUGUGCCUUCCAGAAAGAACACUACUGCCUAACGCAGAUCUGUAACCAUAACGGGUUGUGCCUUAUUUUGCUCUUUAAAGAUUCCCUAGAAGAGAACUCUCUACUGUUGAUAAGCACUACUGACUCUUGCGCUGUAUUUAAAAUAAGAUGUGGAUAAAGAGUUUUGGCUCUUACAUUAGAUAUGAAGAUGUUUACCUUCUUGUUACUGUUUUUGUAUCACUUGCUAAAAAAUAUUAUUUUAAUCAGACAUAAUAGUCUCUUUAAAACAUUUUUAUAGAACUAUGGCUAUGACCAAAGUUUCUAUUUUGCCAAAAAGUUGAAUGCCCUUAAGUCUGUUCCCAACAGAUAAAUUCAAAAAAGUGACAAAUGGAACUUAAGGUGCCCUUCAGAAUUAAAAUUAUAAUCUUGUCUGUGAACCCUCUACAUCCUAACAGGCCUUUCUUGCCUUUGGAGUGCUGUGGGUGGUGCAGCUCCCCCUCUGAUUCAGCAUUUCUCCCACGGGUGAGGGAAGGUUUAAGCUAGACUCUGACCAUCUCAUCCCUGGAGACUGAGUUCUACCUGGCAGUUCACAAAAUGUCAGCUGUGGACUCCAGUAGGUCUCUAAUAAUUAUGUGAGCAACAAUUCUGCAGCCUUCAAGUGAGACCAUCUGUGAACUGGUCCUUAACUGGCCCAUUCCCCAUAGACGAUAGUCUUUGGGAGUUUGUUUCCUAUUUUUAUUCAUAUUCCACUUCCUAAAUCUGUCUUCUAAAUUAUGCUUUCAAUUGGGCAUUGG